AUGGCAAUUGAGACAGUAACCAUUAUCAACAACUCGGGGAAGAUUAUAACGAACGGGAAACAUCUGUUCGGCCUUUUCAAGGAGGCAAAGGCAUCGUACCAAGAGAAGAAGGCCGCCCUCAAGGCCGAGCGGGCCAUCAAGCGCAGUAACACGUAUGAUGUGGCGUCGCUGCCGCAGUACUACGAUGAGGUCGAAUACAUCACACCGAAAGGCCGCCGCGUGUCGCACGACGACGUAAACUCGCACACCUCGUCCCGCCGCAGCCACCGGUCGCGGCACUCCCGCGCCGAGACGGGCGCCUCGCGGUCGCAGGCCCGGCCCGCGCUCACCGAGUCCAACCUGCGCACCCUGUCCGAGGUAUCCUCCACGGCGCCGUCACAGGCCCCAGUCGCCUACCGGUCUCCCUAUGCGGAGACCGUGCCAUGGGAGUCGGCCCUCAGCCGCCCGACUCUGCAUCAACACCGCAUGGUACCCGUCGAGUACGACGAUGACGUCCCACCGCCCGUGCAGUACCCGUACCAGAACAGCCAGGUCUUCCGGUCCAGCUCGGAUCCCGCGUUGAGGCCGAGGAAGGAAAAGGAGAUUGACAUGGAUCUGGCUUACGGCAACGUUCCGCCGGAUUUGGAGUCGCGAGUAGAUCUGGACCCGGCGUAUAAGGCAGCCCAGAAGGAGCAGCAAGCCCACACGCUGAUGGAGAGGAUCGAGAGUCUACUCACCGAGGCGCAUUGUCUACACCACACGGCCAAUCACAUGAUCGAGCAUCUCAAGCAGAAACCAGAUGCGGCCGCCGCGGUCGCCCUUACGCUGGCCGAACUGUCCGCAUUGCUAGGCAAGAUGUCCCCGUCAUUCCUGGGCGCAGUCAAAGCCGGCAGCCCGGCCGUGUUCGCCCUGCUAGCGAGUCCGCAGUUCCUCAUCGCCGCUGGGUUGACCGUCGGCGUCACCGUGGUCAUGUUUGGUGGGUGGAAGAUCAUCAAGCGCAUCAAGGAGGCCAAGCAGCUGGAAGCUGGCAUAGCCAUGUCCUCCUUGCCGCCCAUGCAGCAUUAUCCCGUUGGAGACCUGCCCAUGGGCCGUCAACCCUACCCAAUGUCCGAGCACAGCGCCGGUUUUGACGAGGCCUUGGUGCUGGAGGACGAGUUGAGCACGAUAGAGUCCUGGCGCAGAGGCAUUGCACCGUUCGGCGAGGAUGAGAGCGCCGACCUCGAGCUGAUCAGCCCCGAGGCCGACAGGGCGAUGCGCAGCCAGUAUGGAGGCGACGAUGCUCGCACAGAGCGGAGUGUAAGGACCAGCAAGACGUCACGGACGCACAAGACCACAAAGUCGUCCAAGUCGCACAAGAGCAAGAGCCGAGCUGCAGAUGACAUGGACAUCCCCGAGCGGAAGAGCAGCAAAGCCUUCAAGGACAGCGACCGCGCGAGCGAGGUGGGCAGCGAAAAGAGCCACCGUAGUCAUCGCAGCUCCGCCUCUAAACGCACUGAAAGGACGAAGUUGAAGGCCAUCGAGGAUGGGAGUCGUGAUCGCGAGAACACCAUUGAUAUGGUCAUCAGGCCCAAGAAGGAUAACAUGCUCAAGAACAUGUUCAAGAAGAAGAAGGAGAGGGACGAGAGCAGUCGGCUGGAGUCGGUGCUUGCAUGA